AUCGCCUCGACCUCCAGCCUCUCGGCGCCGUCGCUGCCGGCUCCACAGGCCUUGGAUAUUUUGAAUCACCUCUCCAUGGAGCACAGAGGUGAUGAUGAUGAUGAUGAUGAUGUGUCUUUUGCCAAGUGGAUGAGCAGCUUCUGGGGUCACAGCUGGAUAGAGGAGGAUGAGAGAGGACUCCGGGACCGCCGAGGAUCACAAGACACCAGUUACAGGAAAGCUUCCCUGCCCUGCCCAUUUCCUGUGCUUCCCAGAGUCACAUCAUAUGACAGCCAUCCUAGAAGGCAUUCUCAUGAGGACCAGGGUUUUCGAUGUCGUACCCACAUGAAGGAUUACAGAAAACGCUCAGAGGAUGGACCAUUCAGGGACCCACUGGAAUCAAACAGAAGAUCCCAUUCCAAAACUCGGGCAUUUUCAGAGCCCUUUGAGCAACACCUGUGCUUUAGAACCAAACGCUCUGUGUCUUUGGGACCUGAGAGCAGAAAGGAAAGAAAUGAAAGAGAAUGCCUGCGGAUGGAGACAAGAUCCCGUAAGAAAGUGGAGGAAAGGAGGAGCUCUAGGAAGGAAGAGCAUGGAGAAGCACACAUGGUUCCUCUCUUGGAGAAAGGACCCAAAUAGUCCUUUGUUUCCACAUUAGGACGACAGAUGCUGCUGUGUUUUUUGGCUUCUGUAUACCACACUGCGGGUGGUAGCUGUAAAAUACUGUCUGCGAUGCUGAGUGAUGGAAGUGGGCGCUGGUUCCACUGCUCCACAAGAAGACAUCAUACUCCAGCUCUGGCAUCUGAAUUGAGAGUUUGAUCUGCUUUGUUGU